AACUGAGGAGAUAGGCAGGAGGGACUUGUCUAGAGAGAUAUCGAGAGAUGAUUAAGUUAAGAUCAAGGAGGCUUUUCAAGAGCAAGUCCAAGCUUAGUUGUGGAGGAGGAGGUGGUGGUGGCUGCAGCCGGGGGGACAUCGGGUGGGAGCUGAGGCCUGGAGGCAUGCUGGUCCAGAAGAGAGCGAGUGGAGGAGAAGAGGAUGAAGAAGUGAUUCAGCUCAGGAUCACAACCGGUUCAUGGUGGCAUGACAUCUCCAUCUUAGCAACUUCUACUUUUGGAGAGUUGAAGGUGGUAUUAUCUCUGGUAACGGGCUUGGAGCCAAGAGAGCAGAGACUCCUAUUUAGAGGAAAGGAGAGAGAGGAUGGUGAUCGCCUUCAUAUGGUGGGGGUUCAGGAUAGGGACAAGGUGCUGCUGUUAGAAGACCCGGCCAUUAGAGAAAGAAAGCUUCGCUCCACGGCAAUGGCGCAAGCCAUAACAAGCCCUUGUCGCACCUACGUAACAGUGUAGGCUUUGCUCCUCUGUUGGAACUAACAAAUUGAUGUGAUCUGCGACUGAGAAUGUCUGUUUGACUAACUCUCCUAGUUACAUUGCUGAUGGGUUUGUAAGAUGAUAUGAUUUGAGGAACCUGCAUAAAUAUAAAUGCCGAUUAUGUAUUUUAAUAAAACAAUUGAUUGUAUUGCAUUUCAUUUCUUCCAUAAUUAUUUGCAAAUGUAGAUCUGUAAUCUUGCUGGUCCAUUGCAUGAGGGGAACAAUAUGGUUUUUAGGAUUGGUGUUGAUGAAGUUAUGACAUAAAGCACCAAUUUCAUGUACUAAUUGUAAUAUCAGCUUGCUAUGGAACUUUGGUUUGGAUGGUA